AUGCCUGUCUCUAAGCGUGAUAAGAAAGGUAGCCCUUUUAUUCUAAUUUUCCUAGUCGAUCUAACCAAACUGCGUGAACAAUUUGAUCAGUACAAAGCUAUCUAUGUUUUAAGGAUACAAAAUCCUCGUAAUGACAAAAUUUCUCAUCUUCGUGCUGAGUUGAUUGACAGCAAGUUGAUACAUGGAAGAAAUACAUUAAUCUCUAUAGCCCUCGGAAUCAAUAAAUCAUCAGAAUAUAAACCUGGAAUGCACAAGCUAGUCAAGUUCAUAAAGCAUCAGUGCUGUAUAUUGUUAACCAACUGUUCUUACAUUGAUCUUCGUAAUACUUUCAAUGCACUUAGGGCACAAGAUUUCGCUAGACCCGGCUUACCUGCAUCACAGAAGGUUUAUUUGUCUAAAGGUCCAGUUCACAGGUUUUCUCACACUCUUGAACCAGAACUACGUCGGCUUGGUCUUCCUGUGAAAUUAAUUCGAGGUAUUGUGCAUCUUGAAAAAGACUGCAAAAAAUAUUUUGAUAUACAAAUGUCGGAGUUUCGAGUUAACAUCCUGGCCUCUUGGUCCCUCGAAAACGGGACUACGGAUCUUUCAGAGUCAGAUAUAAGUGAUCAAGUCACGUCUCUGCAUCCGGUUAUCAAGGUUUCUUGCGAGUGCUUAGAUGACAAACAAUAUCAUUUUGUACUUACUCCUAUAGAAUGCUUACCCGAUGAUAACGUAUUAGUGGAUGUUUCUGGUUCUUCAAACAAAAUAACUGAAAAUAAAAAGACUGAUAAGCCAUCCUCGAAGGCAGUUGGAAUGGAAUUUUGA